AGUCACACUCCGGUAGUGUCCGUAAUGCCAACGUCGUAGAUGGCUGCUCUACCAAGCAACGUAAUAAAACUCGCGCGUCGACGAAAAUAAAUAACCAUCUGUUUAAAUAUUGUGUGCGUACUUAUAACGAUUUUGUGUCGUGUUCAAGUUCCGGCGUUUUUUACCCGAGUUGCGUAGUGAUUUGUUGCUAUAUAUCCGUGUUCUGUGAAUGGAUUUAAAUGCGAUUAUGAAGGCGUGCACUUCGCAAUAGGUCUUUAUAUCAACUCGGGAGAUCACCUCAUUUUGAAAAGGCAUCAGCCAUGGUGUAGUGAUGUGAAGCGAUGCUGCUGCAGCAGGCCUCUUCGUCGCCUGGUCCCAGCGGCACGGCCAGUCCUAAACUAUCCUGCAGCUCACGUACCAACCCCAGUCCCAGCUUCCCAAGACUUAACGGUAGCCCUGUCCUAAGCGAUGCAGCGUCCAGUUCUAGCAGCCCAAAACUCUGUGGAAAUUCUCCCAAGUUGGGAAAUAGUUUGGGAGCGAGCCCUAAAUAUGGAAGUCCUAAGCUUGGAGGGAGUCCAAAAUGUGAAAGGGGAGUGCUGGAGAAUGGGGCAGCUUUGGAGAGAUUGCAAACUGAACUGAAGGAGGGAUGGACAGUCCAUACGGGAAGGGAUGGCAGGCUGUAUUAUUGCAACCACAUCACAAGAACUGCUAGCUGGCUGCCUCCGGUGGAGAACUGGCCAACUAGAGAUGACAGUGCUAGUCAAGAAGAUGCUAUUCUUCCGUACGGAUGGGAACAGGCGCUGGACAGCAAGGAGAAGUCUUAUUACAUCAAUCACAUCAACAAGACAACGACCUACGUGGCGCCAGAGAGUACCUCGAACGAGACGCCACCGGCUCCCAGAGAUGUGGUGCUCGAGAGAGACCCAGACCUUGGGUUUGGGUUCGUGGCCGGCUCCGAGCGACCCGUGCUGGUCAGGUUCGUGACGGACAACUCCCCGAGUGUCGGCAAGUUGGAGCCGGGUGAUCAGAUCCUGUUCGUGAAUGGUGAAGAUGUGAGCUUAGCAGCCCGCGAGCAAGUCAUCUCAGCAGUUCGAUCCUGCUCCGACAGAGUUACGCUGCGAGUCUGCCAGCCGGCGAGGAGUGGCAACCCUGCUAGGAGGUCGGCGUUCCUCUCCGCAGCCAAGAGGGCCAGGUUGCGAGCCAGACCCACCAGGGUUAGGUUUGCAGACUCCGUUCAGCUCAAUGGAGCCCCUAUGUACCCUCCUUCUGCAUUCUCUCUGGGUGAUCUCUGCCUUCCUCCAAUGGCAAACGUACUGAAGGUGUUCCUGGAGAACGGUCAAACGAAAUCAUUUAAAUAUGACGCGACAACGACCGUGGCAGACGUCAUUACCAGUCUCAAAGAUAAGCUUUGUAUCUCCGCCGAGGAUCACUUCAGCUUGGUGGUGGAACAUGUGAAGAGUAUGAGAAGAAACAAGCUCACCCUGUUGGAUCCCAAGGAAUCUUUAGCGAGGAUAGCGGCACGACCUGGCUCGCAUAAGAUGCGCUGUCUCUACCGCAUAGUAUUUAUGCCAACAUCAGCUGCAGAACUAGCGCAGCAGGAUCUAGCCGCGCUAGAGUAUCUGUACCUGCAGUGUUGCAACGAUGUGGCGCAGGAUCGCUUCGUGCCGGAGUUGCAGCCGGAAGUGGCGUUGCGUUUGGCAGCGCUACACAUACACCAGCACGCGUUGGCACACAAUAUGGCGCCCGCCAAGCUCACUGUGAAAGCUGUUGAAAGGGAGUUCGGGUUGGAGCGGUUUGUGCCGUGCAGCUUGCUGGAGAGCAUGAAGCGGAAGGAACUACGGCGGCUGGUGGCGCACUUUCUCAAGCUGAACGCGCAGAUGACGGGCGGUCAGAGACAGCUGACACAGCUACAGGCAAAGCUCCAUUAUUUGGACAUCGUGGGCGGACUGCCGAGCUACGGCGCGAAGUGCUUCAGUAGUACCCGACCCGAGCGAGUGUUGCUGGUGUCGCCUCGCUUCGCACUCAGUCAGAUUGUCGGCAGAAGUAACUCUGUGCCGCAAUCAAUCGCUAAUUUUGAGGAGAUUGAAAGCAUUCGAGUGAAGAGCGAGUACUCGGGCAGUGCGGAGGUGGUCAUCUUCUUACAGAGGGACAGAGUGCUGGCGCUUCUGAUGGACGAGCGAGACGCCACUGAGAUGCCUCUAGUUAUCGCUGGUUACUACAAAGUUGCAACCGGAAAGGAAUUAAAUGUUGAAAUAGAAAGAGAAUUAUUAACUGAAGAUAUCGCGCCACCGUACUUGUCACAGCACCACGUCGUGCCUGCUAAAUGGAGCUACAUCAACUAUGACGACCAAGCCCUUCGAGAGAAAAAACACUUUGCGAUAUUUACAAUGCCUCCUCCAUACCUUUCAACACCAGAACAAACCAAACCUCUCGACAACAACAUGAAUUCCAAUAUAGCUAAUAGAAAUAGUAGCAAUAAUUCUAGUCCCUUACUAGGACAUUCUAGAUCAGAGCUUGAUGAUAUUCAAUUCGAGAAAUGUAAACGAAGCGAAUUUAGACUUUUCGAUCCGAAUGACCCUUGUUUCUUAGAUGAUGGAAUGGGCUUUGAUUUACAAAGUGUCUUAUCCAUGGAGUUAUUAGAAAGCGCUACAAACCCAAAACUUGUCGAAGCUAAAAACGAAGAAGUUCUGAGACGAGUAGCAGAAAUGCAAAAGCUGGUUGAAAAUUCCGAACAGUACUUGACUGAAAACUGUGAUGUUUAUAACGAAAAUGUAUAUAAUGGUAUAUUAAGAGAUGAAUUAGUUGGUAGAGAGACUUGUGUUGAUAACAUUGAAAGUGAUACGGAAUCCAAUACUAGUAGAAUGUCUGAAGCUGAUGCCCCUGGUGUCCUUAAGCACAGUGAUUCUUUGUUGUUACUAACCGAAACUAUCAGUCAAGGUUUGAGUGCUUUAACUGUAGCAGAAAACAAAGAUAAAUGCAGUGAUUUAACAGUCCGUCAAUCACAAGGUCUUAGUGCUAUAUUGAAUAAUUGUGGCCUAACCGAUGCCUUGUUGGCUCUUAAUAGUGAUAUGGUGUACUCAGAAAGUGAUAAUGAUUCAUCAUAUACACCAACAAGCAGUCCUGUAAGAAAACACCUUAAUAAGCCACCAAAUAAAGCUGUUAGAACAAGUUUUGGCUUAGUUAGUCCUGAUCUUAGUGGUGAUUGUAAAGAACCAAAUCUUAAAGAAUAUUUAAAACAACUUAGAGAAAAAUCAAACAGGGAAGAUAAUGCAUCGGAAUUCUACUGUCAAGAUUCUGUAGUCGACACUGAUGCUGAGCUUAUAGAUUUAACACUUAUACCUCCACCACAGACUCCAGAUGAAUUAGAUAGUGCGUAUCAAGUGCCUCAAAUAUUACCUGUUGUUCCACCGUCUUUUGCAGAUGAUAGUGAUAAAGACUGUGUGGAUGGAAUUUCAGAAAAAGGCACUGAACUUGAUGAAUUUAUUGCUAAUGUAACAGUACAUCCACCUACAGUUAAAAUAACACCUGCUAUAGAGCUUACUCCAGAAGAAAUCAUGUCUUACAUUAUUCCCCCUCCUCCUAUUUCUAAUACAUCAACAUUAGACAAAGAGCAGCCAACAUAUAGUAAUCAAAGUCAACUGACAGAUGAUUCUCUGAAAAAACAAAAGAAUACCAACGAAGCUAAAUAUGCGAAUGGAGAUGUAGUAAAAGGAGCCUUAAGCGUGAGUGAAAUUAGGAAUAUGUUUACAGCAAAAACACUCAGUGAUGCCAGAAAUAGUCUCCUUUUAAAAGAUAAGGCCAAAGGUCAAUCAAAAUCGGAUUCACCAAAAUCAAAACGAAAAAGUUUAAAUUGUGAAAAACAAGCAAACGGCAACGCACAUAUUAUCGAAUAUCCAACUGUAGAAAGAAAAGGCAUGUUUUCAUGUUGCAGUAAAGAUAAAAAUAAAAAUGAAGAUAGCGAUGAAAUGGAACAAAUUGAGAGCUGCUUACCCAAUUCCGAUUCCAUGCCAGAUGUUUGCGAAGUCCGACCUCCACCGAGAAGAAAAAGCAAUGAAAUAAAGCAACCACCAGAAAGACCGCCAAAAACACCACCAACUCCAGCCCCUCGACCUAGAUCUAACUCAUUCACUUGCACGAACAACGAAUUAAAUGUAGUCGAAAUACCUAAUAACUAUAACACAUUGAACAGCAGAAAAUUUUCUUACAAAUUGGUUUGUGACAUGAAUGAAGGCCACAUACCUCCAGAAAUUCCACCUAGAUUAGAAAAUGUUGCGUUAUCCCCUCCUCCUCCAAUACUACUGCCCCCAAAGAAACCUCCACUCCCUCCUGUUCCAAGCAUAGAAGUCCUAAGGCUAAAAACCUCCCAAAAAACAUUUCCCGUGCGAAAUUCUGAACGUCUAGCUAGCAUUGGAUCACCACAUUUUCAAAGAAAUUUAAACUCGUAUAGAAAUCUAGAAUUAGAAAGCAGAUUGACUGAUGAUGAAUCUCGAAGUGUAAGAUCUACACAGAACUACAGCUCCCUAACGCUACAAAAUCGCCACGUAAGAUCGAAUUCUGAGACAAAGAAUACUAUUCUAAAAAACCGUGAAAUGUCGACAGCACUUUCACUAUGCUCGCCACAAAUGAACCGACGAUUUAGUAAUAGACCGGAUAUUUUAAAUGGUGCGCCGGUGAGUGAUCAGAGAGUAUUUAGUCCACCACUAAAUGAACGUAAAAUUCGAAAAGAAACUCCAAGUCCUACACCGAAGGUCCAAAAUCACGUGAGAUUUAAAGAAGAUGUGGUUGAUGAUAUUCCGACACCGCCGUCGCCUCCUUCGGUGAAGUUUCUCGAGCUGCAGCCAGGGAACAACGGGCGUGUGUCUAUAGAGAAUCUGUUGCGAAAGACUGAGGUAGCGGUGGACGGACUUCUACAACGACUGCAUCAGGUGGCACAGAAGUGCUCUCACCAGCAUGCGCAUGGUGGCGGUGAGGAUAUAGAUGAAGUCAAGUUUCAGCGUGCCCGUAGUGAGCUGACAUCAUGCGCAGUAUCCCUGGUGGGUGCGUCCAGGACUCUCGUGGGAGCUCUCGGGUCCGCCAGUGAGAGUGCCGCGGCCACGGCACUCGCUGACUGCCUGACACCGUUGAGACGGCUCUCCGACCUAGCGCAGGCGCUUGGAAGGCAUACAUCAGCACCACUGCAAACAAGGAAUCUGGUACUUAGAGUACACGACGUCACUGGAGCCUUCAAGGAGCUGGCGGGUGCUGAUAUGGCGCGUAUUAUUCACGAUCAUAAUACCAAAUCUCUGAGCCCGAAUUCAGAGACUAAUUCAACGUUAGAGGGCCAACUCGCUUUGAGAGCAGAAUGCUUAGCCAAUGUGCUGGCAACUCUUCUAAGGAGCCUUCGUGUUUUUUCACCAUAGAUAGCGCGUCAUUAUCACAUGUAAGAGUUCACUGACCUGUAUAAAUACCACUGGACAGGCUGUUCCAUAUGUUUGACAUCAAGUUUUUUGUGCCUAUUUGAAGCGCCUCUCGCGAGCGUCCAGAGAACUAAUAUUGACGUAUAAUAAUACAAAUGGCUGCUAGAGAAGCGUAUAGUACUCUGAAGUAAUUAUGCAUUUCGAAUCAAUUUCAUUCGUUUUCCGUGCUAUUUAUACAUUAGGAAUCAACGUAAUAAAGUACACUUUUUUUUUAUUGUCAAUAGUCUCCCACCACCUAUCGAUGUUUGUUUAGCUGAGAUCGUCGUAUAAGUACUACAAUCUCUCGUUAAGGCCAACAGCGCCAAAAUGGCGAAUAUCAAACAGGCACAAAAGCAAUUUGACAGCCGCCAAUCCAGUGGUAAAUAGUAGAGUAGUCAGUGUAAGAGUUGCUCAGCUCAAUACCAUAGACUAAAAUUGUAUUAAUUUUUGACAUUGACGUCUCCAUGUUUAGAUUACCAUUAAACAAGACCAAAUAAUAUUAGAUAUUUUAUUAUUGUAGAUAAAUUUUUAUUAUUGUAGGUUGAUUUGGAUAAGUUGUAGUUUUGUAAAUUUUAACAUCUGUUAUUAAUUGUUAUUUUUAAUAGGUUUAAUUAAAUUUGUUUUAAAUUGAGGCCUAAAAUAGUACAGAAUAAAUAAGACUGGGGUGGCGAUUUAUGGAUAUUUGGGUAUAUGACUAUUUUUUAUGUAAAAUGUGUAUAAACACAUUCUAUCCAUAAAACGUAGUACAAGAUAAAAAAGAAAUCAUCUGCUUUGACUGCUUUUAAACAAAUUUCGUAUUUUUUUUUUAAUUUAACAUCUUAUGUACCCAAAUAUAUCGUAGCAUAUGAAUUAAUAAUCUUUGCAUAAUAAGAAUAAUUAAUAACUAUAUCCAAUAUAUUUAAGGCAGCUAGGUCUUCCGUGAUAUAGUCCCACCACUGUAAUAUUUAACUCUGUGUCUGUCUAUGAAUUAAUAUUAAAAUGUUACCAUAGAAAAUAAUUAUUAAUCUACUUAUAUCAUGUCACAUAUCUAUCUAAAAUGGUGUAUGUUGUUUUCUUUUCUAUUGAAUAUGAUUGAUUGUAGAAAUUACUGGGCGUUAUUUACUAAUCACAAAAUGUAAGAUAGCCAGUGAUAUAUUAUUGCAUAGAUGGAGUAACCUUGUAUAUCGGCAGUGCCACACGGCACUAGAUUUUUCAGAAACAUCAAAACCGAGUGUGCCGUACGGCACCCAACUCCCUCACCAAGUUCUGACCGUUAUUUUGUUUAUAAAAUGGUUUAAUUUGCAUGGUCUUAUAGCUCGUUUCAAUAGCUUUCUGAUGCAUUCACUCAAAUCAUCCUAAUUAUAAGCAAUCUAUAGCUACACGUAAAAAAAUACGCAUUGGUAACGCGAGCGCCAAUAUCACGCCGAUCUGAGGCAUACCGCGUGAUCAGAGUUUCCCGGAACGGAAAGGUGAAUGUAGAAAUUACUAGAUGAUUUUUACUAAUCACAACAUGUAAGAUAGCCAGUGAUAUAUAAUUGCAUAGAUGGAGUAACCUUGUAAAUCGGCAGUGCCACACGGCACUAGAUUUUUCAGCUACAUCACAACCGAGUGUGCCGUAAUUUUGUUUAUAAGAUGGUUUAUUUUGCAUGGUCUUAUAGCUCGUUUCAAUAGCUUUCUGAUGCAUUCACUCAAAUCAUCCUAAUUAUAAGCAAUCUAUAGCUACACGUAAAAAAAUACGCAUUGGUAACGCGAGCGCCAAUAUCACGCCGAUCUGAGGCAUACCGCGUGAUCAGAGUUUCCCGGAACGGAAAGGUGAAUGUAGAAAUUACUAGAUGUUUUUUACUUAUCACAACAUGUAAGAUAGCCAGUGAUAUAUUAUUGCAUAGAUGGAGUGUAAUGCGAAAAAUGAGACCUGUUUGAAACGUGUUAGUGACAAGACUGUUCUAUGGUCCCUGCCCUAAACUUAGUAUUGUUGCACUAAGGAUCGGUCUCCGCUGCGCUUCAACUCGAUACCGUACUAACUAAGAACAAUAGCUUUUUUAUUGCGGCAACUUUAUAUCUUAAUAGCUAAUAGACUUUACUUUGUAAAGAUGCUUGUGUGCGUGGCAUCUUGACACUCAAUGACAUCUUUCAAAUUAUGUAACAUAUAUACGCUUCGUGUUAUUUUACAUUGAAAUUUAUAAAAUACAAAAUACUUACUAAUGUAAUCCCAGUGUCUUUCUUUUUUCUUGUAGUGUUAUAUUUACAAAGUUUGAAUUAAUAGAAAAGUUUAACAGAACAUGUGGCACGUCAACGUAAACGUCACACAUUGUUUGAGACUGGCUACGAAGUACGCCGACUUUGGCGUAGUAAUAAUUGCCUCACAUUGCAACUACUCCUGCGGUAUCUAGUUGGAGCGCAACCAAUCCUUAAUCUAAGCAUUCUUGUUUUAAAUAUUACUGUUUACAAUACAAAUAGUUCAACAACGUUUUGGCUUCCAAGAUUUUGUACAUUUUUUAUUUGAAUGUAAAUAUUAAUCACACGAUAUCUCACAAUAUCCUUUUAAAAACGACAUCAAUACAAAUUAAUUUAUAUUCUUUUCGGUGCAUUCUUUAGUUUUAAUGUUGCAGUGACCAAUGAGUCUUAAUGCCACAUCACCAAUUUGUCACCCAGUGUUUCUAAAAUAUAUAUAUUAAUUGCAAAUGAUAUCGGUAUUUUCAAAUACUGCGUCACCUGUAAAGUACCUACAUUUUAUAUUCAUGUAACAUAUUUUAUAUUAGGCACAUAACCAAAGACAAUAUAUACCUACCUUUAUACUUCACGCAUAUUUUUAUAACUUAUGUACACCGGUCAUAAUGUACCUAAUACAUAAAAUACUUGUAAUGAGUUUGUUGUAGUGUUUUCCAUUUAUUUUACAAUUGAAACGUUUUUCAUAUGUUAUAUAAUAACUGAUUAAUACAAUUAUUCUAAUAAUCUAAUGACCCUUCUAGUCUUUAUCUAAAAUAGUCAAGACAUUAAUAAAAAAUAUUGCGUGCGUACAAAGUACAUAUGUCAGAAGUGAAACCUGCAUUGUGCAUAAACCUCUUAACUGCAUAUGAAGUCCUGGUAGAUGUUGCUAGAAUGACACAUGAUUUCAACCGCUAUGAAAGAAAUACAUUACUAUACCGCUACCAUAUUUAUGUUCUCCUGUUGUCUAUGUGGUAAUACGUCGUGCCCAUGACGUCAGAAUAUAAAAAGGUAUACUCGCGUCAUACAUAAGACAAUGUCUUCUUAAACUAUGAUCACCUGGUACCAAAACACUGGAUAAUGCUUCCUGUCUCAUUCCAAAAUUAAAUCUAAUGAAUUUAUGUGUCUUUUUUUUACUGUCGCGCUUUUUCGUUUCAUCGACUUUCAAAUCACAACGAUGGUUUGUUGUAUGUUUGGUUCGAUGUUGGAAAAUGUAUCAUUGCUAGCUUUUAUUGUUUAUAUUAACUACAUAUAUUCAAUAUUUGAAACGAUUAUGAAGAUAAGCGCAGAAAGUUAACUAGUUUUCUUAGUUUACCUACAUUUUCAUAAGGUUGUACCGCAUUGCUUACUUUUGUCAAUAAAAUUCCAGAUUCGUAUCUCAUUACAUUGUUUCGUAAAAAAUUAACCGGAGUUGUCAAUAUUACAUGAUUUACAGUUCUCCCUUGUAGAUAAUCGUUAACAUAUAAAUGUUAAUCGUUAACAAAUAAUUUUAUGCAUAAUGUACCUAAUUUGCUAACUAAUUAUUUUCUCCAUUAAAAAAACUAUCUGCGAUAAGCACAACUAUAGAUAGGGGGGUUUGAUAAGAUAUACGAAAUAUAUUUAGCAGUCGCUAUACAAGAAUAAUGUUGAGUUGACUUUAUCGUGUAGCGGAGAUAUAAAGUGCGAGCGAGGUGAAUGUAUUAUUUGAACAGGAGAAUAGAACAGUAAUAGGGGUGGGAACAAUAUAAUAACUGGGUCUAUGACCGAAAAUAUUGUAUCGCAACCUUCUUUUGCUUUAUACAAAUGAUUUAAGUCUUCUUUAGUGUUAACUCCGCCAAUAUUUGUCUUUAAAACAAUUCGACACGUGCCUCGCCUCUACAUAAGGCAUCCUCAGGACGUGUUGUCUCGCCAAAAUCUGGCACGAGACUCCGUCAGAUCUCACAGUCGGCGGAGUUAACACAGUUAUGGAUUUCCGCAAAGUAACGCCUUAUUCAAUAAAUUUUCUUUUGCUUUAUAUAAACGUUUAUAUUUACUUUGUUAAAAGUCAUCAUAAAUUUCUUGUCCAGCAAAUAACCCAUGUACAUUUAACAUGUAAAAUAAAACGUAUUAUAAUAUGUAUAAUUAUAUAACGUAAUAAUAAAAUAAUUAUUAUACAAGGUAUCAUAUUAUCACACCAAUUUAUUUAUUGUUUAAUAUAUAAAAAUGCUAUGCAUUUGAUGUAAUAAAUUAAUCAAAUUUAACAA